AUGAACAGUGAAAAUUUGAUUGACGCGAUGAACGAAAUCAACGUGAUUUCGGCCGAGGUUGUCGACGCGAAUGUGUCGUCCUCAAACGCUGCAGUCGUUACAAAACGCGAAUCUUUUAAUAGGAAAUCAAUAAAUUGGCUUUCGCAACAUUUUUCGUAUUUUCUGAACGAACUUCGCGAAAACGCAAUCAUAAUAUUGACUUUCGGAGAUGUUAAUCAGAGCACAAGCAACGUCAACAACAACAACAACAUCAACAACAUCAACAUCAACAACAUCAACAUCAACAACAACAACAUCAACAACAACAACAACAGAUUGAAGAAUAAAACGGAGAGUGUGCCGACAAAAAACUCACGCAAAAAUUCGCGAAAAAAGAAAGAAAAGGAGAGCACCUACCACCAGGAAGUGCCAACAUUCAACGGUCUAAUAACUUCGAUCGAAGCAUUCGUCUUCCUCACUACAUCCGUCUUCAUUAUACUCCUGACUCCAUUUUUGAGCCCCAAUAAGGACCAGAAGCCGACAAAGAUUGUCCUUAUAACACUGAUGGUCGUCGCGAUUGGAAUAAUAAUAAACUUCUCAGUGAAGAGGAAGAAAUACUUGCAAGCCAAGGACAAACCUCUCGGAUUGAGAGGUCAGUUGGUGGUCAUCGGCAUCAUCAUCUUCUUUGCGCUGGGCUUGUUUAAAGACCUGUCGAACGUCAUUGUGACUGUGAACUGCUUCUCCGUGUACGCGAGAUGUGGACAGACCGCGACCAUCAUUGCCAGUCUGGCUCUUGCUUUCCACACGCUGAAAAUUAUUUACAUGGCCUUACAGACAUCAUUCUGCAUUCAGUUUAGGAACUACAGGUUUCUGAAUAGGUGCUCCAGUCAGUUCGGUUUGAUGAUUCUGAACGCUGCCAAUUUAGGAACGUGGUUUGAUAUUCUGUUGAGACAGUCAGCAAGUAAUUUGGAUAAGUUGAUUGAUUUAGAUUACUCGAAUAAUUGCAAUGUAAGUUUCCUUAAUGAUAGCAAGUCUAGUUUUAACGACGAAGUCAAGCCGACCGGCUUUUUGGACUAUUAUUUUGGUGUUUCCAACUCUUCCGCCAAUGUUUCUCACGAACUGAAUUGCGUGCACAUCAACUCUUCCUUCCACGAGUUCAUCAAUUUCAAAGUAUCUCCCAUCACUUUCCCCUUCAUGUUUCAGUUCUCUCUUCUCGUUCUCGAAUGCUACGUUUACUGGUUCGCUCAGUGCGGCCUGUCUGGGGUAGUCCAUCAGAUUGAUGGCGUCUCUGGAAACAGAAAAUCUUUCAUUGAGAAAAACUCAACAGAAAAAUUCAAUGAAGAAAAAACAGUAACUGAAGCAGCAGCCACAACAGCCACAGAAGUAGCAACUACAACAGCAGCUACAACAACAUGCCAACCGAGUCACCCCGAACACCGUUUUCCAUCUCGUAUCUAUCAUGCUUCUUCCAACGACGAUUUAACUGCUAGUAAUAACUUUACAUCAGAUACAUUUGAUUCUAACUCGGUGAAAAUUGAAACUACACCUGGAUUACGAGGUCACAAGAAAAUAUUGAAACAAUCCUUCGUAUUGAUCAUCAUCCUCAAUAUAACAUUUGGCAUGUUUAACUUUGCUCCGCUUGCCGUCUCCAUUGACGAGAAAGAAUUGUACGAUAAUCUUAAAGAUUGGUAUUGCUUUUUCUACUGGCUUUUAAGCAUUAUUUUGAUCUUUGUCGGAUUUUAUUGCUCAACUGCUUUUGGAGAGACAGAUAAGAAAAAAAAGUUUCAAAGUUUGAACUACCUCCUAAUCAUCUCGGCGUUCGGGCCCUAUGUCUAUUCCGUAUCGACUAUUAUAACUGCUUUAAAACUGCAAGCGCUUCCACCAACGCAGAACUUAUAUGUAAUAAUUAUGAAGGAGAUCGUCUUCUUCCUAUCCGUCUUCAUACAAAUCCCGUUCUGCUUCCUGGCUGGGAAGGUGGUUCUGCCAUCGAGAUCUCUGAAAAAAUCUUUUAGAGUCAACUGCUUCAUGACUUUGACUCUUUAUUUCGCUAUAUCCAAUGGCAUGCUCUGGAUCGUUGAUUCCUUCGCAAUAUACAACAAAGACAUAUCCGAUACCCAGACGAAUGUACUGGAUCCCAAUAAAUGGGCAUAUUUCAGAAAUAUUAUCUUCCCGCUCUCACUAUCAUUCCGCUUCAACAGCUGUUUGUUAUUCAUCGCUGCUUACCUCAGGAUGACCUCGUCAUUACCGGGCAAGAUUGAUAUGUUCUUCUUAGAGUGA